CGACCGCCUUUCCCGGGUGCCGCCGAGUCGUCUCCACCGUCGCCGGCUCUUUCUCCUGCGCGUGGACCCCUAAAACCGCUGCCAUGCCGGUGACGGUGACCCGCACGACCAUCACGACCACCUCGUCGUCCUCCACCAUCGUGGGGUCUCCUCGGGCCCUGACCCAGCCCCUGGGCCUGCUCCGUCUCCUGCAGCUGGUGUCCACCUGCAUAGCCUUCUCGCUGGUGGCCAGCGUGGGCGCCUACACGGGGCCCAUGGGCCACUGGUCCAUGUUCACCUGGUGCUUCUGCUUUGCCGUGACCCUCAUCAUCCUGCUGGUGGAGCUGGGCGGGCUGCAGGCGCGCUUCCCCCUGUCCUGGAGGAACUUCCCCAUCACCUACGCCUGCUACGCCGCCCUCUUCUGCCUGACGUCCUCCAUCAUCUACCCCACCACCUACGUGCAGUUCAUGUCUCACGGCCGCUCCCGAGACCACGCCAUCGCCGCCACCACCUUCUCCUGCGUGGCCUGUCUGGCCUACGCCACCGAGGUGGCCUGGACCCGGGCGCGGCCUGGCGAGAUCACCGGCUACAUGGCCACCGUGCCUGGACUGCUGAAGGUGCUGGAGACCUUCGUGGCCUGCGUCAUCUUCGUCUUCAUCAGCAACCCCAGCCUCUACCAGCACGAGCCGGCCCUGGAGUGUUGCGUGGCGGUGUAUGCCAUCUGCUUCAUCCUGGCGGCGGUGGCCAUCCUGCUGAACCUGGGCGACUGCACCAACGUGCUGCCCAUUGCCUUCCCCAGCUUCCUGUCCGGCCUGGCCCUGCUGUCUGUCCUCCUGUACGCCAUCGCCCUGGUCCUCUGGCCCCUGUACCAGUUCGAUCAGAGGUACGGCGGCAACUCCCGCCGGUCCAGGGACCCCAGCUGCGGCACCAGGCACACCUACAACGUGUGUACCUGGGACCGCAUGCUGGCGGUGGCCGUCCUCACGGGCAUCAACCUGCUGGCGUACCUGGCCGACCUGGCGCACUCUGCCCGCCUGGUGUUCGUCAAGGUCUAAGGCUCGCGUGGCCCGUGUCCUCCGUCCACCGCCUUGUCGUCCUCCCACGUUUCCAGUGCUGAGACCUCAUUUCCUCAGCCGACUCCUCUCUCUGUCCUUGCUGCUUGAGGCCCCCCUUUCCUCUCCUCGCCCCCCUCUUGGCCUUCCUGUUGGGCUGGGUGUCCGCAUCCUGCUUUGCCCCUGUGCCGUCUGCCCUGGCUCCUCCCCUCUCUGCUCUCUCUGUUCUGGUUUCCCGCGGAUUUCUCCUCUGCCUGUGUCCCCAGGAGAGCCCCGAGCCUGGCCCUGUCCCACCUCACCUCCAAAGGUGCUGAGCUCCACACAUCCACACCUUCUCUGCAGCUGUUCAUGCCACGGCCUCGGAGAGGCCUCGUUGCCAAAGCAUGCCUGCCCACCCUAGCUGUGCCUUAGUCUAUGUCUGUGCGUGUGUGCUGGGGGGAGGGGGUGGCUAGGGAUCGGGCCCCUUUCCCCUAGUGGAGGAGGCUGUGCAGCGCACCUCCCCUUCGCAUUACAGAAACAGUUCUCUGAAGGUCAAACAUUCCCGGUGGGCGGGACGCUUUGAGCACAGACUCUGGGUUCCCGACCCACCUGGCGCUGAGCCCUGCCUGAGACUGGCUCCAGAAUUUUUGCCAGGCUUAUUAAAAACGCACUGCCUAGAGGCCAUCUUGGAGGAAGCACGCGCUGGCUGGCUUUCAACCCAUCCGUCCUUGGUGCUAGCAAGAAAAAAACCAUCAGUCUUGCAGACCAAGGUCUGAAGUAUUUGUGAGGGACAGGAGGAACACGGCCCUCCCGCCUCAGUGUUAAAAAUAAUGCGUCUCUCUUUGGCAGAGGUGAAGGGAAACGGCCACUGCCGGAGUGAAAGGCAGUCGCCUGGCCUUUUCUUUUUCUAGGUCAUGGGGGCAGAAAUUACGUGGCGCCCCUUUCUGCGAUGCAGGGGGUUCUUUUCAGUUUUUCUUUGCUUUGGGGUGGGGGGAGGUUGCUGCCGCCCGUCGUGACCGGGGAAUGUCAUCGCGUGCGUGUGCGUGUGCAGUGCACACACGUGUGUUUCUGUGUGCUAGUUGCUUGCUGCUGCUUCCUGCUUCUCCGGGAUUCAUGCAUAUCGUGAUAUAUAAAUGUAUAAAUAUAUAUUUUAUUAUUUUUUUUAAUUCCCUGGAGCUUUUGGUUCCUAUAGUUCCUGCUGUCAGUCAUAGAAGUCUUGUCCCUCCCCCUAUUGGCACAUUCACAGUGUUGUUUUUUUUUAAAUCUUGACAUAAAGAUAAAAAAGAAGA